AGAUUAGCCUCCAUAUGAUUACUCCAAUAUCUUUAUGAACAGUGAAAUCUCUAUUGCAUUUGUCCAACUUCCUAUUUCUUCCAUCAUUGUGGCCAACCUCUAUCAUUAUUAUUCAUGUGCUCAUAACCACAUUUAAUAGUGCUUAGUAAAUCACUAAUCCCUCAAACCAUAAAGAUACUAGAAUAGAGUAAUUUGGUUUGAAGAGUGGUAUACUCAUUUAUUCACCAGGUUAAAUACUAAUCACUAGAGUAGUACUUGACAAUGCAAAGAAAAAUAUUUGGAUGCUAAAAUUAAAGAACUAUUUAACAUUAACUAAUCUCUGUCGCAAAAUUUAUAGGACACAAAGUGAGUUCUCACUAAUUUUCUCUGAAGAAAAAAAUUAAGAGAUUAAACCCCCCUCACCACAUGUUUUCAUUUAUAAGACUUAAAGAUGGAAUCAUAUAUCCUGUGAUUACAGCAGAGUUGUAACUAUCUCGGCCGAUUAUUUUGCUUUAUAAAAUUGUAUUUUAAAUCUGAACAAUCCGAUCUUAAAUCAAUGGUCAGAAUUGACUACAGCGUAAAACUACGUCAAUAAUUGACAGCAGUAAAUUCGGAUACCUUAAAGAUCCUUUUUCGGAUUCCAAGCUAAAUAAAAAUCUUGGAUUAUGAGAUUAUCCCAUUAUAAUAAUCUCUCCUACAAAUCGGUUUUGUGAUCACUUAUAAAACUAUGUUAUUCUUCCACUCAUACCUUUCUUUUUAUGUUCCUACAAUUACCUUUUCAAGCCAAACUUUGUGAGAACAAUUAUGGCUGUUUCUUUUCUUGUACCAUUUAUGUGAUAUUAUUAAUUUUGAUCACACCACACCCCUCUUAAAAAGACACAACACCUUUCUCUUCCUUUAUUGUACUUCAAUAAUCCCUAUCAUAUUUAAUUAGUUGGUGUUCUAAUUUAUGUGACUUUGCAACUAUAUAGUUCAAUUCAAUUCCUUAUUUUACUAUUUAUUAGUCUCUUGUAUUGUCUUCAUAUUUACAUGCUUUAUUUCUUUUCUUCAAUUUUAAGGUUGUCAAACUCCAAAUUCUAGGUCAACUCGUUUUGUCUAGGUGAAUACGGAUCAUAAACUCGAUUUUAUGUAUUGUUUUUAUUGAACCUAUUGGUUUUUCAAAUUCAUUAGUUUUUGGUGUUUGAAAAAAAUCGUGCAAAUGUCUCCAAGAAAUUUUCCUCUCCGUUGGGAGAGUACCGGCGAUCAAUGGUGGUAUGCAUCACCAAUAGAUUGGGCUGCAGCUAAUGGCCACUAUGAUUUGGUUCGUGAAAUGCUUAAAAUCGAUAGCAAUCAUCUCUUCAAACUCACUUCCCUACGCCGAAUCAGGCGUCUGGAAGUGGUAUGGGAUGAUGACGAAGAACAAUUCAACAAUGUUGCAAAGUUCCGUUCACAAGUAGCACAUAAACUUCUAUUAGAAAGCGAAUCCAAGAAAUCGAAGAAUUCUUUGAUCAAGUCAGGCUAUGGUGGAUGGUUAAUGUACACGGCUGCAUCAGCCGGAGACUUAACCUUUGUCCAAAUUCUUCUUGAGAGGAAUCCUUUGUUGGUUUUUGGUGAAGGAGAAUAUGGUGUUACUGAUAUUCUUUAUGCUGCUGCUAGAAGCAAGAAUUGUGAUGUUUUUAAGGUACUUUUUGAUUUUGCAGUUUCACCAAGGUUUGUUAAUGCUAGAGAUGGGAUUAUGGAGGAACAUAUUGGGGAGAUUCCUUCUGUUUAUAGGUUGGAAAUGAUUAAUAGAGCUGUUCAUGCUGCUGCUAGAGGGGGUAAUUUGAAAAUUUUGGAGGACCUUCUUGCAAAUUAUUCUGACAUUUUGGCUUUUAGAGAUGUUGAUGGAUCAACUGUGUUACAUGCAGCUGCAGCCAGAGGGAAAGUUGAGGUAGUUAAAUAUCUAGCAUCAACCUUUGACAUAUUAAUCAACUCAACAGAUCAUCAAGGAAACACUGCUUUACAUGUAGCUGCUUCGCGAGGCCAAUUAUCAGCUGCUAAUGCUCUAAUCGCUUCGUCUCCAACACUAAUCUCUCAUAGAAACAAUUUAGGAGAAACUUUUCUCCACAAAGCUGUUUCUGGUUUCCAAACACCUGCAUUUCGAAGACUCGACCGACAAAUCGAGCUUCUAAAAAACCUAUUAACCACAAAUCACUUUCAUGUUGAACAAAUCAUUAACAUCAAGAACAAUGAUGGAAGAACAGCACUUCAUAUGGCAAUCAUAGGUAACAUUCACAUUGAUCUUGUUCAACUUUUGAUGACAGCACCUUUCAUCAAUCUCAACAUAUGUGAUGUUCAUGGCAUGACACCACUUGAUUACCUUAAACAAAACCCUAACUCGUUGAAAUCGGAUAUUUUGAUCAAGAAAUUGAUCUCGGCCGGUGGAAUGUUUGGUUUUCGAGGCUAUAAUUCAAGAAAAGCUAUAGCUUCACAUUUGAGAAUGCAAAGUAAUAUUGGAACUAGUCCCGGCACGAAAUUUGGAAUUUUGGAUACUCAAAUAUUUUUGCAUACCGGUAUCGAAAAUGUACCAUCGAACCAUCAUCGCGGAAUCAUUGGAACGAGUAAUUCAUCUUCGUCAGAAAAUAUUCCAUUUGAAUCAUCAACCAAUGAGAAUAUUAGUAAGAGGACAAGUUCUGUUAACUCUGCAGCAUCAAGGUUGAAAAAAGCACUUCAUUGGAGUACUAAACCAAAAGAGAAGAAAAUUGAAAGAACAAAGAAAUUAUCUAAUGAUGAAAUUUCAUUUGAUUCAUCAUCAUGCAAGAAAUUGAGUACUACUAGUUGUGAUGAAAUUUCACUUAGACAAAGAUUUUCUUCUUCUUCGAAGCCGAGUCCGAUUCCAAACAACAAAAGAACACUUUCUGUUAGGAGUUAUCAGUCAAGUCCUAAUGCUAAAAAGAGAUUUGCUUCUGGCAGAUCAAGAUCAAGUUCAUUUUCAAAAUCAUCGAUAUCUUCGCCUCGAUCAAUUGAUUUUAAACAAAAGGGUGUUUAUAUUGAUGAAAAUGAGAUUGUUGCUGGACCAUCUUGCUUGAGUCACAAGUUACCUCAUGAUUUUGAUGAUGAAACACCAAAAUUGGUGAAGAGAAAUUCUGUUGGAAGGAAGUUGAAGGGUCAUUACUUCUGUUUUGGUGCACCUGGUCUUAAUGUGAAGACUUCUGUUCAUAAAGGUAGUGUUGUUGCUGUGGCUUAAUUGAAAUGAGGUUAGCUAGUUUAUGAUUAACUAGGCUAAUUAUGGUUUAAUAAUGAAGGGAAAAAUAUGGUUGAUGAAUAAGAAAGUUGAAUUCCUGUUAAGGAUUUCUUAGUUGUAAUUUUCUUUUUAUAGAUUGUUAUAUUUUGCUAAUUGAGAUUAGCUUAAUCUCAUGAGAUUCACAUGUUAACUGAAAACUUAUGUGUUGUAAUAUGCUUCUUAUAUCAUAAUGGCAUCAAUUUAGUACUA